AUGGCAUCUAAUCCAGCUCCUGUUUUGGAUCCGUUGCUUCUUACCAACAUCAAUGAAAGCAAAAACCAAGCAAACUCGGAAAACACCAAAGCUGAAAAGAAAGACAAACGAAAGAAGGGACCAGACUAUCAAGAACAGAAGGAUGCGCAGUUAUGCUGCUCCUGGAUCGAAGUCUCUGAAGAUCCAAGCGUCGGGACUGACCAAGCGGGUACACCAUUCUGGGAUUGGAUCUCCAAAUGCUACCACGAUUCCAUUCCACCGCCACCUCGACCUACAGGUAGCCUUAAGGGCCGCUGGCAACUCAUCUUUCAUGGUUUUAGCAAGUUUGCUGGUUGUGUCAAGCACAAUGACCAGUUGAAUCCAAGUGGUGCAACUUCCAAAGAUUGCCUGACCAAGGCGCUCUCACUUUACGCUGAGCUUCAAGGGAAGACUUUUGCCUUCCUUUGGUCCUACAACAUCCUUAACUCAUCCCCCAAAUGGAGUGAGUAUUUCCAAGACUUGGAAUCAAAGGGAAUCCAAGGCUCAAAGAAAAAGAAUAAACAAGCAAGGAGCCCAAGUAGCGAAGCACCCCCUUUAAACUCUGAACAAACGUCUGAUGCUGAAACUCCAACUUCCACUCCUAAGUCAACCGAUCAAUCUGAUCCAGAUUGA